AUGGCCAAAUCGAGAGUCCCCAGAUGUCAUGUAGCUUACAGGUUCUUUUCAACUUCGCCUUACGGUACUUGUCAACUAUCGGUCUCGUGCCAGUAUUUAGCCUUAGAUGGAGUUUACCACCCGCUUUGGGCUGCAUUCACAAGCAACCCAACUCCAAGAAGAUCCCGACAAGCUAGGGGCCGGUAUCGGCCUCACACCGUCCUCAGGCUAAGCCUCGAUCAGAAGGACUCGGGCCCCGGAGCAUCAUCAGAGAAAGGUCGUAGCCGAAUAGGCAGAACGGCCGGCCGUUACCUCCUCGGAGCCACGCGCGGAGCAACUCUGCUGCCGGCGAUCAGGGAACCAAAUGGGCUGGGCGCAAUGCUCUGCCAGAGCCCACUGAUGGCAGUGCCUGAUGUGGAAAGGGAGCACAACACACAGUCGGGGUUUUGGUGCAAGGCUUUAGUCGGGAGAUCGGUGGAAUGGCCAGACCUGCGAGCCGAUUUUCUUCCAGCAAGCACCGUGUGCAGGCCGUUGACUGGAGAGUGUGACUUACCAGAAUUCUGCACAGGGAGCUCCUCGCAUUGCCCCAUCAACUUGUAUCUGAAAGAUGGUCACACAUGCAGCAAUGGAAAUUUAUACUGCAGCGGUGGGAUCUGUCUGUCUGCAGAUAAACAGUGCCAGGAGAUCUGGGGUGAAGGUGCGAAGUCUGCUGAACAUACUUGUUAUCGAUUUACAAACAAAGCAGGAAAUGAAUUUGGGAACUGUGGCAAGGAUGAGAAUGAUGAAUACAUAAAGUGUAAGAAUGAGGAUGUAGAUUGUGGAAAAAUCCAGUGUAAGGGUGGAAAUCCAACUCCAAUCCGAGGAGGAAAUGUGAAUAUGUUGACCACCAAAUUCAUUGUUAAGGGUGUGAAGUACGAAUGCCGAGGAACAUUUUCUACUUUGCAUGAUUCCAGCGCUCCAGACCUAAUUCGACAAGGAACCAAGUGUGGAGACAACAAGGCCUGCUUUGAGACAAAGUGCCAGGAUGUGAGGCUGUUCAAUGUACAGAACUGUGACCAGACCUGUAAUAACAAAGGGGUCUGUAACAAUAAAGAUCAGUGUCACUGUCAGGAAGGUUGGGCUCCCCCAUUUUGUGCUGUCAGAGGAAUAGGUGGCAGCAUCGACAGUGGACCUAUGAAUGUCACAACACCAGCUACAUCGCCGACCAAAAUGGUAACUGAUAAAAAUAUCACAACAGAGUUUCAACAAAAAACGCAAGAUACAACUACAAUGGCCGUUGCAAUUGCGGUGCCAGCUUUGACACUGUUGAAUGUGGCUGGCUUCCUCACAUGGUACAAAAUGAAAAAAACGGGUGAAAGAAGUGCUGCCAAUGAGACAGAUGCCAGUGAAAGGACUGAAGAGAACAGAUUUCAGUUUUUGCGCAGCGAGGAGGUGGUACAAGUACAGAGCCCAGACAAAGAUGCCUCCAUUACACUGCAAUAUCCACUCCCGAAUACCAAAGUCUGACAGUCUGACCCGCUUCAGACAUCGACCAGUGAACUGCAAUGAACUUAUCAAUUAUACAAAAUCGCCAUAUGUACCAUUAUCACAUCUCUGUUCUGUGUAUUACUUUGUAUUAAAAAGCGAGAAAUUUGCUGGGAAGCGAUGCAGAUCAGAGACGAUUCGAUGAGGACAAUUCUAGUUAAUCUGAAUAAGAAGCCAAAACUCCCACUGUAGCAAUCAUUCACAGUAAGGGCAAGAAAGUCAAUCAUAAAUAUUUCGUGAGAUAUGCUAAACAGUUAUUUCACUUCAUUGAUUAUAGAUGCUGCUACUGUAUGGUGGAGGGAAUGGAUGCUUAAGGUGGCCAAUGGAGUGCCCAUCAAGCGGCUUGCUUUAUCCUGGAUGCUGUUGAGCUUCUUGAGCUACACACAUCCAGGCAAGAGGGGAGUAUUCCAUCGCACUCCUGGUUUGUACCGUGUAGAUGGUGGACAGGCUUUGGGGAGUCAGGAGG